AUGUCGGAGUCGCGGCCAUCGGUUUCGCGGCCAUCGGUUGAAGGAGCAUUGGCUUGUGACCUAUGCUUUGCUAGAAAGGUGAAAUGUGAUCGUGGUAACCCAUGCGGUGGUUGCCUCGAAUCAAAAGCUCACUGUCUUCGCACUCGCCGUAAACGCGUUCGCAAAUCCAGGCCUGCGCAGCAAAGCAUCAGCAACGAACGAAUCCAUAGUAUUAUCAAACGGGUUUCCAAUUUGGAAGACUGCCUCGCCGGUGUUACCUCAUUAGCUGCAUCGCCGAAAUUGAGCCCCUACAAUCGCGAUGUUACAUCAGAUGCCGAGGCCUUACGUACCAAAUCUAGUUUGUCAACCAGCUCUAAUACUACACUGGCAAACAGCAAGACAGGACAUAUCUUUUGCACCGACGAAGCCUCCCUCCAUAGGACAAAGCGACAGCGCUAUGCAGAUAAAGGCAUACCCAAUGGUGAUUUCUUCAACUCAUUGGCAAUCAAUGUUCUUGAAUCAGCAUCUCAGUAUCCCCCGUCCUUGGAAGCUCGAUCAUUCAUUCUGCAUGAGCUGAGACACAGUGGACCUUCCAGCGCGAGUCGACGUGCCAUUCUUAAGUCCGCUCUUUCCUUUGUCGAGCAAACACUUGAUCUGGAAUUUACUGCUAGGUACAAAAAUUUACAGGGCCCUGAUGUGGGAGUGAGUGCCGCUCGUUUGCAUGAAAAGCCUCCUAUCACGCUCGAGUUUUUGUACACCAUGCUUAACGGUAAUACUCCCCCAACAAUGUUCCUCCAGUCAUACUCACAUAUCAAAGACAAUGCUAGGACGUCACAAAGAGCCUAUCUUUAUGAAUACACUUUCUGCAUCCCCUCUACCACAUUAGAGAGGAUGACUCUUGCACUUCUCGAGAAGGAUGGAAACGAGCAGACCUUGCUUCAAUACACUAUAUGUGUGCAUUGUAAAGCCUUCUGCUACAUCGUAUCCCUGCCACUCUCCACUCAGAGUCCAAGAAUGCAAAGUUACCUACGGCAAAGUUCUCAGAGGCAUUUGGAGACCGCAUUAGACGCACUUGACUGGCUCAGUCUCACUAUUCCACCAAGCUUGCCAUUGAUGCAGGCGCUUUUGGCUGGUGUAAGUUUCUUUACUAUUGAAUUAGUACUUCAAUAA